AUGAAAGCGGCCCUCGCAUCGUUGGCCGCCACCGUCUCUCUGGUGGCAGCUGUCCCCCAGAAACUGCAUGGCCGUGACAGUGGGAUUACUCCCAUCACCGUGAAGGGCAAUGCCUUCUUCCAAGGUGACAACCGAUUCUACAUCCGCGGUGUUGACUACCAGCCCGGCGGCUCUUCCAAGCUCGUCGAUCCUCUCGCAGACGCCGAUACAUGCAAGCGAGAUAUCGCCCACUUCAAGGACUUGGGACUGAACACCGUUCGUGUAUACUCUGUCGAUAACUCCGCUGAUCACGACGACUGCAUGAGCGCCUUGGCAGAUGCUGGCAUCUACGUGGUCCUGGACGUCAACACCCCUAAAUAUUCGAUCAACCGAGCAGACCCUGAAAUCUCAUACAACGAUGUGUAUCUGCAGAACGUCUUUGCAACAGUCGAAAUGUUUGCCAAGUACGACAACACCUUGGCUUUCUUCUCGGGUAAUGAAGUCAUCAACGAUGGUCCUUCAUCCAAGGCCGCUCCUUAUGUGAAAGCCGUCACCCGUGACAUCCGCCAAUUCAUCCGCUCUCGAAAUCUGCGUAAUGUUCCUGUUGGAUAUUCUGCAGCUGAUAUCGAUACCAACCGUCUGCAAAUGGCUCAAUUCAUGAACUGCGGCACUGAUGACGAGCGUAGCGACUUCUUCGCCUUCAACGACUACUCAUGGUGCGACCCCUCGUCCUUCACAACCUCUGGUUGGGACCAGAAGGUGAAGAACUUCACCGGCUAUGGUCUCCCAUUGUUCCUCUCCGAGUAUGGCUGCAACACCAACAAGCGUCAAUUCCAGGAAGUAGCCUCGCUCUACAGCACUGAUAUGACCGGCGUCUACUCUGGAGGUUUGGUCUACGAGUACAGCGAAGAAGGAAGCAACUAUGGCCUUGUCAAGAUUGACGGCAGUGAUGUGACUGAAAAGGAUGACUACACCGAAUUGAAGAAUGCUCUCAAGAAGACACCAAACCCGCAAGGCGAUGGCAACUACAACUCUACCGGUGGAGCAAACGGUUGUCCUGCAUCAGAUCCCCCUAACUGGGACGUCAGCAACGACACUCUUCCAGCCAUCCCAUCUCCCGCCAAGAAAUACAUGACCGACGGACCUGGCAAGGGACCUGGCUUUUCUGGUUCUGGAAGCCAAGACAAGGGCACUAAAUCUACUGGAACCGCCACGGCAGGCUCUGGAGCUUCUGCUGCUACGGAAUCAGUCUCGACGACAUCCAAGGGAGCUGCUACCGGCCUUCGUGCUCCAGGACUCACAUUUACUCCUGUGGUCUGUAGUGCCGCCGUGGCACUGUUUACCCUCUUUGGUGCUUCUCUUGUUAUCCUGUAAAACUUUUUGCCAUCUCUAUCCAAGCGGAAAAGCCGAGCUUAUAGCCAGAAUUUUCUGGAUGGCCUCAACAAUAUUUCAGCACAGUUUGUACAGUCAUCUGGGAAAAGUUGGCUGGUCAACCUCGGUUUCGUUAUUACUUAUCAGUUCGUAUGAUUAAUUCUGUUACUCGCACAUGUAUAUUGGAUUGUAGGGUAUCCCAUUAUUAGAUUCAAU